CUGAACCUUGAAGUUGACGAGGCUUUAAUUUCCUUCACACGCCACGUGAGUUUCAGGGAGAAGAAGAGAUCAGAGAGAGAGAGAGAGGGAAGACCAGUUUCAGGGAGAAGCCAUUGCUUUGAUCAGAGGACGGAAAUCAAGGUCGAAAUGAGGCCAAAGAUCUAUCUUUUUGGCGACUCCAUCACUGAGGAGUCCUUCUGCGAUGGCGGUUGGGGCGCCUCUCUUGCCCAUCACUUCUCCCGCGCGGCGGAUGUGGUGCUGAGAGGUUAUAGCGGGUACAAUACAAGGUGGGCAUUGAAGGUGGUGGAGAGGGUGUUUCCGCCGGAGUUGGACCAGGGGAGGGGGCGCGGUGGCUGCCCGGCGGCGGUGACGGUCUUCUUCGGCGCAAACGAUGCUUGCCUUCCCGAUAGAUACGGCGCCUUCCAACACGUUCCCCUUGAUGAGUACAAGCGCAACCUGCACUCCAUUGUCCUCUUCCUCAAGAAACAAUGGCCUGAGACUAAAGUUAUCCUCAUGACUCCUCCCCCAAUUGAUGAAGCUGCGCGCCUUCUGUAUCCUUUUGUUGAGAACCCCGGUGGUCUGCCAGAGAGAACUAAUCAGGCGGCAGGUGCCUAUGCUAAGACCUGCUUUGCUGUCGCUGAAGAAUGUGGAAUUCCAGUAGUUGAUCUUUGGACCAAAAUGCAGCAGUUUCCUGACUGGCAAAAAGAGUAUUUAAGAGAUGGUUUGCACCUCACUCAGGGUGGAAACAGAAUUGUAUUCGAGGAAGUGAUCAAGAAAAUGGGGGAAGUUGGCUUGAGUCUGGAAACUCUACCAGUAGAUCUCCCGCCCCUAGCAGAAAUCGACCCUAAUGACCCCCUUAAGGCUUUUCAAAAGUGAAAUCAGAAAUCAGAUACGAAUCACGUAUACUUUUGCUUCUGUUAUUAUUCGACUUGAGAUUAUGUUUUGAACUGCCAACUUCACCACGUUACAUCAUGUUAGAAAUUCAGAUAGAUUUUCUAGCUAGAUGCAGCUCUUAGAAAUUAGGGGUGUUGUUAAAUUGUUGUUAUAUUAUCAAUAUCUCUUUCUUGGUUCGCCUAUUAUGUGAAAAUGGAUUUUGCUCUUGAUGGAAGCUUGUUGAGCUGAAUAUGAACAGUCUAAAUCUCAAAGUGCUUGCUACGAUCUAGUUCAAGUUCUAUCAACUCUUUUUUUGUGCUAAAAGUUAUAUCAACUCUUGGACAGAAAGAUAUGCAUUUUCCUAGCUGCAGGGUUCUAAAUGAAUUGCCAUAGCCCUUCCCUUUUCUUUUCGUUUUUCUUUUUUGGCGUUGAAAUGAAUAUUGAGCACGUGUAAUAGUUUACAAAUUGCAUGCACCAAGUAAACUUGCCAAAAUUUGUACAUGGACUCGGCCCAGGAAGGUUUGAGGAAAAAAUUACCCAACACACAUGACUUAUUAAUGACCGUUCAGGGGAAGAAAUAUGGCCACCAAAGUGGCAAAAUAUUAAAAAGUUGUACAAGUGUUAUAUUAUUUUUGUGUAAAAUACUACUGUAGCCAUGAAGUUGUGCAAGGAGUGAAUAAGUGGGGGAUUUGGAUGUUCACAAUUGGCUUGAGGGACAAGCUUGAGUUUCCUUCAACUACAAACACACAAUCUACAGAUUCAGUCCUCCUCCUACUAAAAGCUUUCCAUAAUUUGAAGCUAACAUCAAUGCUAAGACAGUUGAGAAGAGAGAAUAUAGGAAAAUCCAGAUUAUAAAUUAAUGACAACUUCCUAUGGGAUUGGAAGAGAACACACACAUUUCAUAAGCUUGGAUGGUUCCAGAUGAACUACCUGCUCUUAGGUUAUUGUCUAUUAUAUGUCUCGUGGGCAUGUUUGGUGAUGUUGAGGAAUGGGGUCUUCAGGUGCAACUCUGUCAUUGAAAUCCUCAAUUCUCCUUCUAUUUUUGUACUUCAUAAAUCAAAGCCUAAUUAGUGAAAAAUAAGUCUGCUUUGAUUCUUUUUUACUUGUCAUUAUAACUGGUUGCAGCAGUAUGUAUAGCCAUCACAGAAGAUUGAAGCAGCAGCAGUAUGUACGUGCUUGAAGCCUUAACAUUGAGUGAAGUAGCAUGGCAAGAAGAAUACUAAACUUUACAGUGCAAACGAGUGUCCAUGUCCACUCCACAGUUUUCUUUGACAAGCUUCAAAUUCUUUUCAUUUUUUUUUUUCUCAAAAGGAAAAAAGGCUGCUUUUCAUUCUUAAGCAGGCAAUCUAUUCUUUGUUUUUCAUGUCAAUUUGCAUAUCUGACUGACCAUGUUUUGUUUGCUUUCAUGCACAAAGUAUGAGCGGAUCUUUCCAAAAGAAGAGAAUAUCAUGGAGGAUUAAUGAUUGUUAAGAUGAUUAGUAGAUAGAGAGGUAAAACGAAUAAUUUUCUUCGCUAAACAUUGUGCCAUUAAAACUAUGAGGAGUCAAUUACGUUGUAUAUUAAGAUGUUAUUCUCUUGAUUUUGGAAGUAGUAGUUUAAUGCUCCAAUAUCUGCCCAAGAAUAUGACAAAUGACAGAUUAGUUGAACUAAUAUUACUUUCAUCUUGUGAAUUGUUCUUCCUUGGACUUCUUUUGUGGUAAACCAUUGAUUUUAAUUAACGGAGAUGUCAUUCUUAUCCAGGAGGCUCAAUUCAAUCAAAUUAAUAAGAGAAUUAUCUAUAAUAGAUUUGUAAAAUCAAGAAACUACGAUAAUACAACUUGUAGUUGUAUAUUUCCUUCUUGGUUGUAUAUGUAUCGAACUGUUCGAGGUACUGCCACAAUUCAAACUGAACAAGACUAGAAGAAGCAUUCUGCUUGUUGCUUAUAACCUCUGUAACUGUAGUUUACAUAUCAGAAACUGAUCCUUUUGACAGAAUACGAUGUGUGGCCAUUAUCCAUCUUGAACUCAUUUUUGAGUUCUAUUUUUAGUGUAUUAUACGCCAUCUAGUAGAUUGAUCCAUUAUGAGAUUUUGAAGCUAGAUUAAGCAACAAAUCUUAGUUUCCUUCAACUGCUAAUGCAUUUCAAGAUUCAUGCAAGAGCAGUUUCUUUUAUUAUUGAUUACCGACCUUUAACACCCCCCCCCCCCCCCCCCCUCCUUAAAGAUUCAGUCUUUUUCUUACUAAGACCUUUCCAUAUAUAAUAUGAAUCUAACAUCAAUUUAUACUAAGACAGCUGAGAAGAGAGAACAUAGGAAAACUACCAUUAAUUAUAUAUCAACUUCCUUUAGAAAUUGGAAGAGAAUAUGCUUCAUAAGCUUAAGUACGUACUUAUUGUCUUAUAUAUAUAUAUAUAUAUAAAGAGAGAGAGAGAGAGAGAGAGAGAGAGAGAGAGAUGCCCUUUUGGAUGGAGUACUUGUGUAUCGAAAGUGAUGGAGGUUUUGGCAACACUGAGGAUCAAAUCUAGGACAAUGUUGGGGGUGUUUCAUGAUGUUGAGGAUCCGGGCCUCCAGGUGUGACUCUGUCAUCCACCAUUAUCCUCCUGUUUUUGUACUUCAUCUUAUGAAAAUCAAAGCCUAAUUCACGUAGAAUAAGUCUGCCGUCUAUUCUUUUGCGCGUGCUAUCAAUGCCGUGAUAACUAGCUGCAGCUCGCGAGCUUGCAACAUGUGCAGAUAAGAUGAAAAGCAGCAAUGUUGAAACUCUGAAGAUGGUUGAACAAGCCAUCUAAAAUUCACAAAAGAUCAGUUUAGGAGGAAUUAGCAGGCGUAUAUGCUUGAACAGCAGGAUGAUGAUGAGUGAAGAAGCAUAGCAUGAAGAACACUCAAAUAUAUAGUGCAAAUACAAGGGAAGUGUCCAUGAAAGCAUAAUUCUUUAAUCAUAGUGAAUAGGCAAUGCAAACACCUAGUAAUGCUCUUGGCGGCUACAAAGCUAGCUGACAAGGUUGAGUCAGUUGCCCUAUCGAAAGAUACUGGAGACAGAUUAUACGUGGGAUCUGAUUAAUUCAAAAUCACACGCUCUGAUUGUCCUUAGUCCCCACUCAAGCACCUUAAUCCUCUUUGUUAAGCAAUGACAUCAGGUUCGUUAAGUUGCUGAUCUAGUCAUCUGUUAUCCUGAUUACUAAUUUUUGAAUGGUCCUAAUUAAAUUAAAGAUUAGCUAGAGAAUAAACAAAAGCAUGCAUGCUAUAUAUAAUCCAAGUUGGGUUGUCAUUUUCUCAUACAAUAAUGCCUUACAACCGAUCGAGUCGCCACAGUUAAGCUAUCAUUCCCAGAUUUGAACGGUCUACAGUUUUCUUCCACAAACCCUCAAAUUCUUUUAUUUUCUUUUUUCAAAGAAUGCUGGCAAUCUAUUCUUUGUCUUUCAUGUCAAUUUGCAUAUCCGACUAACGAUGUUUUGUUUGCUUUC